AUUUCAUGAAUUUCAGCGUAAAUUCAUCCCACCCAUUAUUUCUUUUCUUUUAUGCCAUUGAUGGAUGCAUGAGGCAAUGUUGGUGGUGUUUCUGAAGUUUUCAUCAUACUCAUUAUAAAAUCGUCAUUCUCCUAUCGCCACCAUAAUCAUUACCUCUUCUCUUCCCAUAUAUAUUAAUCUAGGCCUGUUUUCAUUGUCCCCAUUUGAGCGAAAUCCACACAAACUAAUAAUAUGGCGACGCAUAGAGACGUUGAGAGAGGGGAUAAAAAAGGGCUCGAAAAAUUGGCGGAGCCUUUUAUAGACGAUAGUUCAAAAGGCGUCCAUCGUUCUAAACAAACCGAUCAAAAUGCUUCAGGCUCAAUCGCGAUGGUUCUUCUAAGCACGGCUGUUGCGGUGUGUGGCUCUCUCGAAUUCGGAACGUGUGUGGGAUAUACUGCUCCUACUCAAGCCGCUCUCAGCAUUGAUUUAAAUUUAUCGGUUGCUCAAUAUGCCCUUUUCGGGUCGAUAGUAACCAUCAGUGCAAUGAUUGGAGCAGUCACCAGCGGUAGAAUUGCAGAUACAAUUGGUCGAAAAGGGGCAAUGGCAUUGUCCUCCGUGUUUUGCGUAGCAGGAUGGCUUGCAAUCUAUUUUGCCAUGGGAGCUGUUUCGCUUGAUACUGGCAGGUUCUUCACUGGAUAUGGAAUAGGAAUUUUCUCUUAUGUGGUCCCAAUAUAUAUCGCUGAGAUAUCGCCAAAAGAGCUUCGUGGAGGGCUAACAACCAUCAAUCAGCUCAUGAUUGUAACUGGUUCAUCAAUAUCGUUUUUGGUGGGAACAAUUGUUACAUGGAGAUCUUUAGCUUUAAUCGGAAUCGUUCCCCCUGUUCUUCUGGUGAUUGGCCUAAUGUUUAUCCCAGAAUCCCCAAGAUGGCUCGCAAAAGUCGGACGUGAAGUAGAAUUUCAAUCUUCUUUACGCCAACUCCGUGGAGCAAAAGCAAACAUUUCUGCUGAAGCCGAAGAGAUACAUGAAACUAUAAUUGAUCUUCAAAAACUUCCUCAAGCUGGAGUACUGGAUUUGUUUGAUGCGAGAUACAUAAAACCGGUUAUUAUUGGUGUUGGAUUGAUGGUAUGCCAACAAUGGUGUGGAAUAAAUGGAAUCGGAUUCUAUGCAAGUGAAAUCUUUAAAACUGCUGGAUUUGCCUCAGGGAAAUCUGGAACCAUUGCUUAUGCCUUGAUUCAGAUUCCUAUCACGAUUGUUGGCAUGAUCUUGCUGGACAUAUCAGGAAGAAGGAUUCUCCUUCUGAUUUCUUCAUGCGGGACAUGUCUUGGCGUUUUUCUUACCGGAACUGCAUUUUAUUUCAUGGGACAAGCCAUGUUCCUUGGAUGGGCUCCGCUUCUUGCUGCCUCUGUACCUUGGCUGAUCAUGUCUGAGAUAUUUCCAUUGCACAUAAAAGGUGCAGCAGGGAGUCUUGUUGUGCUAGUGAAUUGGUUGGGUGCGUGGGUGGUUUCUUACAGUUUCAACUUCCUCAUCAAUUGGAGUCCUGAGGGUACCUUUUGGUUGUUUUCGGGAUUUGGUAUUAUUACCAUUGUGUUUGUAGUGAAAAUGGUGCCAGAAACCAAAGGAAAAAGCUUGGAAGAAAUUCAAGCAACUAUCAACUCGUAAUUCUUGUUAUUUGGAGUUUAAAAGAAAAGGCAUAAUAGUCCUAGUAACAUCUAAUAGACGAAUACGGGCUGCUUUAGUCAAUUUUUGGUUUGGUUUUCUCCAUUAUUUAUUUUUAUAUGUUAAUUAGUUAUAUAUUUUUUGUAUGUUUCUUUUGGUAUGUUUUGUUGUAGUGAUAUUAGAGAUUCGAUGGCUUAUCGAUUUGUAAUGAAAUUACCUAUACUGGUUUCUUUUUUUUUUUUUUGAGGAAUG